GUGGAUCAUUAGGGACAGAUUUGCUCAAAUCUAGUCUAUUUUCUUUACUGAGCACCCGUACCUAGCUUGUCAAUUUGUAAUCCAGCGUCAAGAUUCCACCUCCACGAGCAUCGUGCUUGGAUAAGGAAAACACAAAGCAUUCAUUGCAUUGUGAGUGUAUAGAGGACAUCUUUAUUUAGCAUGGUUAAACGCUUCUCUAAAGUUGUCUUAGAAGAUGGGGAAAAAGGAGAAGGAGAAAGAAGACUCCGAGUGGAUUGUUCAGGUUGAAUCAAGUUUAGAGGAAGAAACCAGACCAGACAAAUCCCACCAGGGUUUCAUUCAUACCGUUCCAAAAUGUCUCGUGUGCAAUAAGACUCGACUCUUCUAUCAUCCUCAAGUCAUCUCCUUCGGGCCUUACCAUUUCCGAAAAGAAGAUGUACCUAAUGAUGACAUGGAACUUCUUAAGUCAGAAGUGGCAAGGAAAAUGCACCUUAAAAUCAUCUGGAAAGGUGGCUUAAAAUCGGUGAUGGAAAAGUUCAGGGAGAAAAUUGUCCAGGAUAGAAUAAAGCAAAGCUAUGCUAAUGAAUUUAAGCUUAGCAGUGAGGUGUGUGCGUGGAUGAUGGUGAGGGAUGCCUGUUUUCUUCUAGAAGUCCUCCACAGGUUUGGAAAAGGUGAAGAUCCAGGGGAAACAGUGCCGGUUUUCAUGGACAGUAUUCUAAGCAGGGAACGACAUCAUCCUCUGUUGACAGAAAUUGUGAAAGAUAUGCUCAAGAUGGAAAAUCAGCUACCAUUCUGGGUUUUGAAGAAAAUCAGGUUCGAAAUUUUGGGGUCAAAUGAUGAUAUCUGGUUUGAGUCGGCACUAAAAUUUUUAUCCCCCAUCAAAGUAGCAGAAGGCAGGAAUCGGGAAUAUCACAAAGAAUCUCAUAUCUUGCAAUUGCUUCAUGACUACAUUGUUGACACUGACAGGCAAGUCCCCGCCUCCUCCAAUCUCCAGUCAGUUGGCUGUGGGAUUAAAGAAUUGAACUUUCACAAAAUUAUGCCCAGAAGCAUUCGUAGAAAAUGGCUAUUUGCACUGAUUUUCUUUCCAGUUUUUGUUGUCUUGUCCAUAUUGGGGAUCAUAUUUGUCAUUUUGCACUAUAUUAAGAACCACAUCUUUGACAUUUUGUACUCUAUUGUGAACUGCUUAUCCCAUAGAGAAGAGGAGACAGAAAAACAUGUUCCAUCUAUAGUGGAUCUAAGAAGGGGAGGAAUGAAAUUCAAGAAACUGGAGGGUGGAAUUAGUCAAAUUAAGUUCAACAAGAAUAAUUCCACGCUGUAUUUGCCUGAGUUCAAAGUAGAUGACAGAUCAGAAGUGAUACUGAGAAACCUGAUUGCCCUGGAAAUCUGCUCGCAAGAAAAGCAGAAACCCAUUACAAGGUAUGCCAUUCUAAUGAACGACCUGGUUGACAGAAGUCGGGACGUGGAAAUCUUGAGACUUGAGGACAUCAUCACCGGCAAGCUUGGAACUGACGAUGAGAUCAGUAAGCUUUGGAAUUCUAUGGUGUCGCCCACAGAAAUGCCCAGACAACGAACUAUGGGAAUGAUGCAUAGUAGAAGGGAAGGGCGGAAGGAUACCCAAAGCAUCCCUUAAGGCAGGAAUCAAACUGUUUUUCUGUAGCGAGUUACUUUGCGUACCUUUGAGGAAAUGAUCGAAACACCAUUUUGUUGGUCAUAAUUGAUUAGAAGAAAAUUUGAAUUAUAUUUUUUAGUUUGUCUAUACGUUAGUAAAUUGCAUUUUUGAAGGCCUUCUGGUUAUUUUUAGGCCUAGCAAGUUGCCAACUCUUGGAGACCUUUCCAACGAGUUAAACAACUUGUAAUUUUGAGUCCCCACAGAAAGUUAUCCCUAGUUGAAGUUAGGAUAAAAUUUCAUAUAGUUUUUUUGAAAAUUUUGUAGUUUUUAGAUUUUAUUAUGUAAUAAACAAAUGUGACUGUUGGACUUGGAUUCUCAAGAGGAUUUUGUGACCCUUGGAAUCUCAUGAGCUUCUAUAUGUUGGAUUUUCGAAUGGAAUAGAUUACUUUUUGGCUUGCUUCAAUUCUAUGCUUUCUGGUUCUUGUUAACAAAAUUUACAAUACCGCAGGUUCUCACUCAGAUAUUGUCAUCCGAAUUCAUAAUUCGGAUCAAUAAUACCCUAUUACCAUAAUUUUAUUUGAAUUGAAUGUGUAAUAUUUUGCCCUGUAAUUAAAUUAUACUCUGAAUAGGUGAAUGAUUAGAGAGUUUGGGUCUCAUUUUAGGAAUGUGAUACACAGUGUUUGCUAGUCUGGGCUUUCCCCUUUUUUCAUGCAUGGUAGUUCGUUGGCUAUUCUUGUAAUCUAUCACGUUCUUCACAAGACUUCUACAUGUCUGCUAGACUUCCCUAGCAUCAACCAUCUGGGAGUUAAACUAAAUUGACUUCAGAUGUAGUAAACUUAGUAUGUUUUGGGAGAAGUCUGUAAAAAUGAGACUGCAAUGCCUUCAGACAAUCCUUGUGUCCUCGUUUUGUAUGCCCAAGCUUCAUUGUGGCAUAAACCAAGAGAUUUCCUGUGCAUAUCUUGAGAUUGCUUAUGGAUGUUGUUGGAAAUAUCCAAUUGUUUUGUGCAGAUUCAACUAUCUUUGCAAUAACUUCACAUCUUCUUCUUAACUUCGCAUCUUCUUCUUA